AUGGCUCCCAAGGUUGCUAUCGUCUACUACUCCACCUGGGGUCACAUCCAGGCCCUGGCCGAGGCCGAGAAGAAGGGUAUUGAGGCUGCCGGUGGUGAAGCCACCAUCUACCAGAUUGCCGAGACCCUGAGCGAGGAGGUUCUUGGCAAGAUGUACGCUCCCGCCAAGGCCAGCUACCCCAUUGCUGAGCCCGCCGAUCUUCUUACCUACGAUGCCGUUCUGUUCGGUAUCCCCACCCGCUUCGGUAACUUCCCUGCUCAGUGGAAGACCUUCUGGGACAAGACCGGUGGCAUCUGGGCCUCCGGUGGCUACUGGGGCAAGCACGCUGGUCUCUUCGUCUCCACCGGUACCCAGGGUGGUGGCCAGGAGUCCACUGCUCUCGCUACCAUGAGCACCCUCACUCACCACGGCAUGAUCUACGUUCCAUUGGGUUACAAGACCACCUUCGCCCAGCUCUCCAACCUUGACGAGGUUCACGGUGGAUCCGCCUGGGGUGCCGGUACCUUCGCUGGUGCCGACGGUUCCCGCAAGCCUAGCCCUCUGGAGCUCGAGAUUGCCACUGCCCAGGGCAAGGCUUUCUACGAGACCCCAUCGACUCCUGCUGCUGAGCCUGUCGAGAAGACGCCUAAGCAGCAGGAAUCUCAGGACACCCCCAAGAAGGAAAAGGACAGUGAAGGCCCUUGCGGCUUGCCUAAGAAGUGUGUGAUUCAGUAA